AGCUGGCGCUCUCUCAUUCACAGUUUUCUAGAGAGAUCUGAGCCUGAACCUGGGAGCCGGGAGAUCUUUCUCACCCACCCAGCUCAACGGCAAGGACACCUACAGGGAGAAAAAAAAAACAAACAUCCCACGCAGCCCCCCGCCGCCCCGAGGCAGGCUGCCUGGCUCUGUGCAGAAAGUGAUGGAAUAAACAACACAUUCCUUUGGAUGAAUUAUACAGCACAUGAACUGCCAAUUAUUCUUUGUGCAGGAAUAAGAAAAACCCUUCGCUUUCAUUUAUUACGUAUCAGCUUGAUAACAAAAAAACUUUUGAAUGGCUCAUGGUCACAGCAAACCAUUAAUUGAAUGGGAUCAGCACUUCUCCUACUAAAUUAUCUCAAGUCAAGGAUUUGGAAAAGAGAUUUUUGCAGCAAUGACCCAUUUACAAGCUGGACUUAGUCCAGAGACUAUAGAGAAAGCCCGCCUGGAACUGAAUGAAAACCCAGACAUUUUGCACCAGGAUAUCCAGCAAGUCAGGGACAUGAUCAUCACAAGGCCUGACAUCGGGUUUUUACGUACAGAUGAUGCCUUCAUCUUGAGAUUUCUCCGAGCCAGGAAGUUUCACCAAAUGGAGGCCUUCAGACUGCUGGCUCAGUACUUCCAGUACCGCCAAUUAAAUUUGGAUAUGUUCAAAAAUUUCAAGGCUGAUGAUCCAGGAAUCAAACGGGCUCUGACUGAUGGGUUCCCAGGAGUACUGGAAAAUCGUGACCACUGUGGCAGGAAGAUUCUUCUGCUUUUUGCAGCCAACUGGGAUCAGAGUAGGAACUCCUUCAUAGAUAUCCUUCGGGCUAUUCUACUGUCCUUGGAAGUGCUCAUCGAAGAUCAGGAGCUUCAGAUAAAUGGCUUCAUUCUAAUUAUAGACUGGAGCAACUUCUCCUUCAAGCAAGCCUCCAAGCUUACACCAUCCAUCCUCAAAUUGGCCAUUGAAGGCUUGCAGGACAGCUUUCCUGCCCGCUUUGGAGGAGUCCAUUUUGUCAACCAGCCCUGGUACAUCCAUGCCCUGUACACACUAAUCAAACCAUUCCUCAAAGACAAGACAAGGAAAAGGAUCUUUCUUCAUGGAAACAACCUGAACAGCCUUCACCAGCUAAUACACCCGGAAUGCCUGCCCUCUGAGUUCGGGGGGACUCUUCCCCCGUACGACAUGGGGACGUGGGCUCGAACGUUGCUUGGUCCUGACUACGGUGAUGAGAAUGAGUACACUCACACCUCAUACAAUGCCAUGCAUGUGAAGCAUGCAUCCUCCAGCCUGGAGCAGGAGGACUCUCCCAAGCCCAUGAAAAGGUCCCAGUCGGUGGUGGAAGCCGGCACGCUGAAGCACGAGGACCUGGGGGAAAGCGAGAACACCCAGCCACUGCUGGCCCUGGACUAAGCCCCACAUGCUGUCUGCAGACAUCCAGACCCCACCCACCCAGAAACCACCGAGCACACGAUACGCAUUCACACGCGUUUCGCUUGAGAACAAGUCCUUCAUCUUUCUUGAGCGAGUAACAAGAGCCACCAGCCACCUGUCCAUGCAGCCAACGCUGAACAGCCUUUCUAUUGACACAGGGUGCGAAGGAAGACACAGUGGGGGUCUGUCCACAUGUAAAGAUUUUUGUCUUCUUUCCUUUUUGGACUUCUGGCAUUAAAAAAUUGGAAAUGAUGGGACUGCCCUCUCCUUUUAAAGAAACCAGUGUGUGUCAGUAGAAGUUUUCCUGAAGCCUCCAGUAGGGACGCUCAAUUUUAUAGAAGCUAAGGUUAAAGGUGUAUUAAAGCAAAGCAUCUUUAAAGUCUGCACUGUUCAGUGUGGCUCAGAGGGCAGAAACAUCAUUAUCUACAGUGUGUUUCAGAUCUGCAGAAGGAUUUUGUAUUAAAAACGUAAAAAUCAGUGCCAGCAUAAUGCCGUACAACGUGACACUUUGCAAUUGCCUCAUCCAUAUUGCUUUUAGGGAGGGUCACUUAUUUCAGUAUCUAGCAAAAAGGAUUCUUAACUUCUGAAACCCUUACAAAACUGUCAGCUAAGUGGAAUGAGCUGUGUGGGAGGCAGAUACAGACAAUUUGGAAUGCAAUUAUUUAAUUCUAACAACAUGUUUUUCCACAGGCGACUCGGGAACCCAUUAGACGUGCGUGCGUGUAUGCGAGGGGGUGCCAGGGAGACCCACCGGACACAUUCACCAGUGAUUAAUGGCUCAUUCAGAUUUUUCAUUUAAGUCCCAACCUCAAAUAAAAGCUCUGCAGAACCAUUUAUCCCCCUCUCCUCCUGCAGUCACUUAAAGGUGUAGCCAGAAGGGAAUGCUGACUGCAGAUGCGGGCCAUGGUUAAAAUGAGAAAGGAAAACUUAGAAUUAAUUACUCAGUACAGGCUUCUGCUAGAAGGAAAUGUGGACAAACAGAAGAACUGAAAUGCCAAAGAUCAGUUUGCUAUCUUUCUCUUUGCUCUAUUUGCAAGAAGAGUCCCAUCCCUUCAUUGAAAUGGAAAUCAGAUUAAAGAAAUAAAAGAAAAAUUGUUAUCAAAUUGCAUGAGCAGUGACUUUAUUUCCUAAAACAGUUACAACCACCAUACAUGCUUUUUGUCUUCAAUUUAAUUGCCAUGCAUUGACAGUUCCUAGAACAUGUGGUUGGCACCAACAUAUCAAAGAUAACUGCAUAAACCAUACAUAUAUAAAAUGAGAUGAUAACUCACGGGCUGCACAAGUUUUUCAUACAGCUCUGGAAGAUCCACCAGAUUCAUAAGCAAUGCUCUGAACGUGGUGGCCUGGGUCAGCUGGAAAUGGUCAUCCCUAACAAAUGGAGUAACAAAGACUGCCUUCAUUCACAGCCUGUUACACUUGCACAAGGCAGAAAAGAUAUCCUACAGAUCCCAUUAACACAACUAGGUUGUACCUGCUUGUAUGUGUACAGGACAGUCUCAUUCACAGUAACCUUCCUCUGUAGCGGUGUGUUACUGGGGCAAGGCCUGGUCUCCACAGUAGAGAGUCUUUAGGGCAGUGAAUGUUCCCAGCAAAGGAGUCAGAAAAAGCAGCAAACACUCUGAGUCUUGCAGGGACAUUAAACAAAUGACUGAGCCCAUUUACCUUUGUCGUUUUUUUUUCCAUUCCUCUACCCUAUGGCAUUAUUAUUAUAUACCCACUACAGAAAGCUGAGACUGGACACAGCUCCCCCUUUCCCCAAGGCUCAUGAAGACUCUCAGACAUCUGGAUUGGUCAGAGCAAGCUUGCUUAAAGCAUAAUGUAAAUCAAACAUACAUAAAACAAACAAACAAACAAAACAA